AUGGCUGAUGUACGCUCUCUCCUCCGCCAGCAGCGCGCCGCCAGACGCAUAGAGCAUCCGCACGCAGCCUACACGGAUGCCGGCAAGCUGCUCUGCACAUUAUGCCGCGAGCUCGUCAAGGCCGAGAGUCUCUGGGACGGUCACCUUCAGGGCGAUAGUCAUCAGCGUCGCGCCGCUUCUGCUGCCACCUUGAAAAGCCAGAAUGUCACACGGGACGGCGAGGAGGGGAGGAGCGUCACCGUUGGAAGCAACCAGACCUUGCCGAAACAGCAGAAGCGCAAGCUGGACGCUGACGAGGCAGACGAAGACUCCGAUACAGUCGACGGUACGCGAGGCAAGCGCAGCAGGCCAGACACAGUGACGGAUUCCAGCGGCAACGCCGACCGGGACCCGAAUUCACUGCUAACGCCGCCGCCGCCGGCCUCUCUCCCCCGUAAAAUGUCGGCAAUGCUCUCUCAAGGAGUCGAAGUCAAGAUUCCGUCGAGACCUGCCACACCCGCUGCUCCGCGGGACGUCACCCCGUCCUCCUCGAUAUCGGGCACCGCGCCUUCGGCCAUGUCCCCACAGCGGCAGCAACAAGCGGCAGGACUGACGGGGUCUCGGCCUCGGAAGGCGAGCACGCUCAGCACCUCUGCCGUGGACGAAUCCGAAUGGGCCGCGUUCGAAGCCGACGUUGCGGCCGAUGCGGCGCCCUAUGCCGAGGAUGCCGUCAUCUCGGCGCCGGCCAUGACUGCGGAGGAAUCUGCGGCGGCCGCCGCCGCCGCUUCCACCGUGGAUGAAAAUGGCGAAAGCCGCAAGGCCAAAGCGGAUAAAGACAUCGAGGAUGAACGGGAGGAGGCGGCGCGGGCGCUGGAGGAGGAGUUUGAGGAGAUGCGGGAGCUCGAGGAACGGGUGAAGCGGCUCAAGGAGAAGCGCGAGGCGUUGCGGAAGCGAGCCGAGAGCCGCGGCGAGGAGUCGGGUCCCGAAAGGCCGCUUGUGGCAUCGACGGGAAACGGGAAGGAUGGGGACUCAGCUGCAGUCUCCGUCAAUGCUGGGACCGAGUUGGCCGAUGAAGGCGGUCAAGCCGAGGCGGAUGGCGAGGACGAUGACGACACCGAGGAUGACGAGGAUGCCGACUGGAACGGCUUUCUCUUCCGACCCUCGUAG